AGACUUGAGACUGCUCUCUUUUUUUCACUACAUAAUAUACUAUAUUUUUUUUUCUCUGCUCAAUCAUCUCAAUGUCAAUAUAAAUCUAUAUGUCAUAUUGAUUAAAUAUUCUUGUUGUUCUAUUCCCUGUGAUCUGUGAUUUGUAAAAGUUUUGUUCGCUUUGUUCAGUUCUAUUGUUAACACAUGAACACAAAACGAAACAAAAAAUAAUAUUUUGAAUUAAUUAAUGUAUGUUAAAUAUAAGUUAAAAACUAUAUUGGAUAAGUUCAGUUAAUUAAAAUUUUAUAUGAGAUAUUUAGUAUUUAUUAAGUUUAUGUCAAUAAAUUAAAUGCCAGUACAUAAAAUUAUCUGCUACUUGAGUAUAAUUAUUAUUGCAAUUAAAAAAUAAAAUAACUAAUUUUAAAUGUCAUUAUUAAUAAUAGUAUAAAAUAACAAUAUAUUUAUUAUUGUAACACUGAAUAAAUUUUAAAUAAUAUAAAAAAAAAAAUAUGCCGCUACAUCGAUAUACACAUGCUAUAUUAUGUAGAAUACCAAAUUCAAUAGAAAGUAAGGGCGAGGUCGUAGUUGAAGAAGCUAGAAAUCAACAUUCAGCACUUGCACAACUUUUACGAGAACUUGGAAUAGAUGUUGUUGAAAUGCCUGCUGAUGAAUCUGCACCUUUAUGCGGAUUUGUUGAAGAUAUUGCAGUACUUUGUAAUGGUAUUGCAUUGAUUGCCCAUCCUAUUGAUCUUACCCGAAUUAAAGAGAUUGAAACUAUUAGAGCAGUAUUAAAAAAAGAAUUGGAAAUUUCACUUAUUGAAAUUGCUGAUACAAGUGCUCGAUUGGAUGGUGGAGACGUAUUAUUUACAGGUCGAGAAUAUUUUGUUGGACUUGGUAAAUUUACAAAUGAAGCUGGAGCAAGAGCUGUUGCUGCUGCAUUUCCAGAAUAUCCUUGUGUUCCAAUUAAGGUUCCUGAAAAUCAUAGACUCAAAGGAUUGGUAACUAUGGCUGGUCCGGAUGUUAUGUGUGUUGGAGCUGGUAAAGAAUCACAACAAGUAUUGAAGAGAAUUGAAAGAGAAGCGACUUACACUUAUCAAACUCUAACAGUCCCAGAAGAUGCAGCUGCUAAUGUUAUUUAUGUAAACGGUACUCUUAUUCAUCGUAGUGAAGAUGAAAUCCCAUUAUCAUUUAAACUUUUUGCGGAUAAAGUUGAAUUUCCUACUCGAACACUCUAUGCGUCUGAAUUAGCUAAAGUCAGUUUAGGAUUAUCAUCUUGUUGUUUAUUAGUACGUAAACCAAGACAUAUUCGUAGUCUUUAAAAAAAUAUAUUAACUAAAUAAUAUUUAUAAUAAUAUCAAUAUUAGCUCAAAUGAUAUAUAAAUAUAUCUCUAUUUCUUUUUUAUUAAUCUUGAUAAUAUUAUUACCAUUAGCAGUGUUAAUUACAUAUAUUAUUAAUUGUAUAAUUACUAAUAAUUAUAAUAAAACUAUAUAUAGUUUA